AUGGCCGCCCCGGUAAAUGAGGGUCGUGCAGCCCUUGUAUCCAGAGAUUAUAGUCUUCCUCCUAUAAUCAAAAGCCGCGCAAAUAUCUUGGGAAAAUUUCCAAAGGUCGACCUUACUGCCGAGGCUACUGCAAAAGCCAAUAAUGGACCUCUUCCUGAAAAUGUUCAAACGACCGAUGGUAUUGCUGUCAAUGCAACCUCAGGUCCAUCUCAAGCUCAGACCUUGGCAGCCAUUGGUAAUUCAGUCAGCAUUGCUACCGAAGUUCAAGUCCAAGACCUUAAAGUUUUCACUCAAUUAUCUGCCAAUGUCUACUGCCGCGUCGUCGUCCCUCUUAACCAGUGGGCUUGUGCUCAUUGUUCUAAGGAUGAGACUCUUGUUAGUACAUUUUUUACUGUAUUAAUUGAUACAAACGGCUUUAUUACCAGAAAUGAUAAAUCAAAGACUAUCAGUCUUGUCUUUAGAGGUACAUACAUAUAUGCAAAUUUAUAUAUUAUUGGGACUAAUGACUUUGACUUUAUCACUGUAGAUUACUCUCCUGUAAAAAAUGCCAAGAUUCAUGGCGGAUUUUAUAAAGCUUACUUGGAUGUUCAAGAGCCUGUUAUUUCUAAGAUGAUUGAGCAGAUAACUGAGUAUCCUAACUACAAGGUUGCAGUCUCUGGACAUUCGCUUGGCGGCUCUCUUGCUGAGAUUGCUGCUAUGGAUCUUUACCAACGCGACACUCGUUUCAAUUCCACAAAUAUAGUACUCCACACAUAUGGUCAACCUCGUACUGGAAACUCUAUCCUUGGAAGCUACUUUACUGGAACUGGAAUUGAAUACAAGCGUACAGUUCAUGAUCACAAUAUGAUCCCCCAUCUUCCCCCCCUUUCAGUCGAUUACAUGCAUGUUGGUACUGAAUACUGGGAAACCGAGACUGGACCAGUCAAAAUUUGCACCGACUUUGAGUCUAUCAAAUGCUCCAAUUCGAUCGUUCCUUUUACUAGCGCAACAGAUCAUCUAUCGUACUUUGGUAUCAACACUGGACUCUGUCUAUAA